AUGGAGAUCUCCGGCUUUGACCCUCAGAUGUUCAAAUACUCCCAAAACUACUGGGGUAAUCUCGACCGUUUGCCUUUUUUCCAGAAAUUUGAUAUCAACAUCUGUGACUUUUCAACCCUCAAGCUCGAGUCCCAGGUUUGUUGCAACCCUCGCAAGCGUCGUCGCGAAGAGCAGGGUGACAACAACGCCGAAGUAACCAAUAUCGCCCGCAUGCCGCCAGUUACCAGUGAACUUGGUGUCCUAGACAGGGACCACAUGUCCUUCCUCGCCACCCACUGGCUAACACUUCCCGACCCUUGGAGCGCAAGUCUCCAACACCGGUAG